UUUGCUCUGUCAGUAGGCGCCUGGAUGGUGCAGAGGCAGCCUGCCAAGAAUGGCUUUCGGUGGAGUUAUACCAUUUUAUAGCAAACGCAGUGGCUCUUGGACGUUCAGAAGGGUAUUUAGAUCGCGGGAGAAAGUACUGAUAUUCCUAGUAUGUCUCACGUUCAUGUUUAUAUGUAUAGGACCGAUAUUUUACCUGCCAGACCUACGGGGUGGCCUGAGCACCAAAGUGGACCACGUCUACAAAGUGUACAAACAGAUGCAAAAGGCAGGACCUGAGCUCAUUCUGCCCCCGCCCCCUCCGGAGUCUGGCGAGGUAGGGGCCAUCAGGAAGCACGAGGGCAUCCAUCACAACUUGGUCAACCAAGAAGACGUCCACCUCAGUGAUGAUAAGCAGCGGCUGAUGGACAAGGUCAACAAUGAUGAGGAGCUGAGGAACAUGAGAGUCAUAGAGAAGCCAGUGGUCAUUACCGUGAGUUCUACAGCGGCGAAUAAACCUCAUGAGCCUCAGGGGCAAGUAGAUGAGAGCAUAAGAGUUGUUGCAGACAAAGGACAGAAUGAAAUAGAGCUGGAUAAAAAAGUUGGUCUUGGGGGCCAGGACAAGAGCGAUGAACCUGUAGUACAAGGCGGCGAGGAUGCAGAUCCAGUGGCAAGACAGCGCAGAGAAAAAGUCAGACAGAUGGUGCUACAUGCGUGGCGAGGCUACAAGACCUAUGCAUGGGGGAAGAACGAAUUACGACCAGUCAGCAAACGAGGCCACACUGCUGGAAUCUUCGGAAGAGAGGAUAUGGGGGCAACAAUUGUGGAUGCUCUUGAUACCCUAUACAUUAUGGGGUGUAUGGAGGAGUACAAUGAAGGGCAUGCAUGGGUGCAAUAUAAUUUAGAUUUCAAUCAGCUGAGAUCAGAGAUGUCUGUUUUUGAGACAAAUAUCCGAUUUGUUGGAGGCUUGCUGUCUGUAUAUGCCUUGACUGGGGAUAUGUUGUUCAGAGACAGGGCUCUUCACAUUGCACGAAAGCUUCUGCCAGCUUUCGACACUCCAACUGGUAUACCUUAUGCACUCAUCAAUGUUGCCAAUGGGAUUGCCAAAAAUUAUGCCUGGGCAAGUGGAGGAUCAAGUAUUCUAUCUGAGUUUGGAACCCUGCAUCUUGAGUUUGUGUACCUGUCUGACAUAUCUGGGGACCCAAUUUUCCGUGAGAAGGUCAUGCGAAUUCGUGACGUUAUCAGGAAAACAGAUCGUCCUGGUGGUCUCUAUCCAAACUACAUGAAUCCCAAAACUGGAAAGUGGGGCCAGCGCCACACCUCUGUUGGAGCACUGGGAGAUAGCUUCUAUGAGUAUUUACUAAAAGCAUACAUACAGUCUGGGGGUAAGGAUGAAGUGGCCAAGGAGAUGUACGAAGAAGCCAUUGGAGUAAUCACGAAUCGUUUAGUCUUGAAGUCACACACUGGCCUGACUUACUUGGCUGAAAGCAAAUUUGAUCGUCUUGAGCACAAGAUGGAUCAUCUUGCUUGUUUUGCAGGCGGAAUGUAUGCUUUGGGAGCAAAGAGCAUCAACAAUCAAGUUUCAACAACACACUUAGAGAUUGCAGAGGGUCUUGCCAACACUUGUCAUGAAUCAUAUGCACGCACCCCAACUGGUCUUGGCCCAGAAAGCUUUAGGUUCACAGAGGGUAUAGAGGCACGUGCUCUCAAAUCUUCUGAGAAGUACUACAUCCUUCGGCCUGAAGUGAUAGAGAGUUGGUUCUACAUGUGGCGAUAUACUAAGGAUCCCAAGUAUCGGGAAUGGGCUUGGAAUGCUGUUUUGGCCUUAGAGAAGUACUGUCGAACUGAGGCUGGGUAUAGUGGAAUUCAGAAUGUGUAUAUGGAAAAUCCACAAAAGGAUGAUGUACAACAAAGUUUUGUUUUUGCUGAAACUUUUAAGUACCUCUACUUAAUCUUCUCGGACGAUUCACUCAUGAGUUUAGAUGAAUGGGUCUUCAAUACAGAAGCACAUCCACUUCCUAUAGCUGGCAAAAACUCAUUUUACCGGAAAGUUCAAGAAUCCGAGAACCAGUGGUAAGACAUCGAAACGAGACUUUUGAGGAAGCUUCACUGUCACUAAUAAACAGUGGAAUGUGAUGUUGUUUUGUCCUAAUACCUUUGUUGAUGUCUGUUUUUUUAUAAUAUGGUUCACAUAUUGGCCAAUCCUAAGGUAACAGGCUACACAUUCUAAUUUUUAAGGAGAAUGGGAGUUAUGGUUUAAGAAAAUGAUUAUUUGCAUGAUAACAGUGUUGAGACAUUGGAAUGAGAAAUUUUAUGAAUAUUUUACUUUUUCUGCUUGGGUACCUUUUGUUAACCCUUUCCCGACGGGUAGUAUUCAUAGUGGCCCGGGCCCGCUGCCGGGGGGCUCAUAUAUUUUCAGUAUUAUUAUUUUCUAAAGUCUCUAUUUGCUAUAUUUCCCGAUAAAUCAGAACUGUAGAAUAUUUUUGUUAUAUAGACUCCAUAGUUGAUCAUUAUUCACUUUAUAGUCUAAAUAAAAUAAGCAGUGUGUGGUGUCAUGGAGUUGAAACCGUAGUUUUUUAAAAGUUAUUUUAUAAGAUAAACUUUAGUUUCAACAGGUUUAUAUUAUCACUUCCAUAUAGAUAUACUUUUAUGUUCAGUGUUUUUAUAAAUAAGUGAUUUUUUUUUUUCUUUCAAAAAAUACAUAUUGGUAUUUUCACUUGGUUUUACAUCAUCACUUUGUGAAUACUAAAUAUAGUAUCUCUGGCCAAUGUAGUCGAUUACCGACGUGAUUUUUUUUUGCGCUAACCUCGGAAGCCCGAGAAGCCUUUAUGAAAUGUAUAGUAUAGAAAAAAUUAGGAAAAGUGUUAAAAACUACUUAAUCACAUUUUCAGUGGCAAAAAAAAUAUUAUUUUGCCGCAAUUGUAACAAAAAAAACUCAUGACAUGGCCAUACAUACACCAUGGCAUGUCCAUACAUGCCACCCGUCGGGAAAGGGUUAAUGCUCAUUUUUGUGAAUUGCCUCAUUUACACAAUUUCAAAAUGAAUUUCUUGAAUAUUUUGUUUAAAAUCAUAAUGGGAGCCAUAGUAUAAAAGGUAAUUUUUGUGUAAAGAAAAUUAUAAUGAUUGAAGUGUAAUCUUAAUUCCAAAGUGUUGGAAUAGAUCCUGAAAAUGGUAAAUGUGCAAAUAGUACAUGAUUUGAAAUAUUGGCCCAUUUUCUUAGAUUUCCUGUAAAUGUUUUCUUAAUUGUAUGAAAAUUUCAAGAAAAAAAAA